AUGUCUACCACCACAAGAGAACCAAAGAGGAGAAGAAUAACUAACGUGUUGAAAGCGCCUCCAGAUCCUAAGAAACAGUUAAAGAAACUUAUUGUGAGCUUGACAAAAGACGGUGACAGUGUUUUGAACGAGGAAAACCUCAAGGAAGUAAAAAAGCUUUGCAAAGAAUCGAAUCAAUUAAUUGAUUUUACGUAUGAGACUAUACUUGACCAAAUAAAAAGUAAACGUGCCCAGGUCCGAUAUUCAACCCUGCAACUUAUCGACGUCCUCUUCAAUCGCUCCAAACACUUCAGAGACCUUGUAACAAACAACUUGACAGAAAUUCUUCAACAUACUAUUGGAUUACACCAAACAUCAUUACCUCCGCCAGCUGAUAUUGCUAUAAAGUUAAAAAGGCUUGGGGUCGUACUGUUGAAGCAAUGGAAUGAAAAAUAUGGCGUCUUUUAUAAACAGCUCACUCUUGCCUAUAGAGUCGUAAAGGAUAAUCCAAUAAUGAAUGUCACUGAAGCUGACGCUUCUAAAGUAAUUACGCACGAUGGAUAUGUUAAAAAACGGCAUGAGGAACAGGUGCGUGCAAUUCAAAACGAUGAGGCUCGUUUGCAGCAAAUUGAGAAGAAAAUGCAAGAAUCGAUUAAUGAUCUUAUUGUUCAAACUUUAGAUAUACUGGAGAUUUGUUUUGAGAUGUUAGUUCCAAAACCAGUUAAGGAUAUGGUUUCAUCGACCACUACUACAUCCGCUAUUGUUGAUGCUAUUGGAACUACAUCUGCUACAACUGAAGCUAUUGGAUCUAAUGUUAUUGAUGAUGGUCAGGAAUCAAUAUCCGCUAAGAUUAUGCGAGAAAACAAAGUUCCUAGAACAUUAAAAGAAAUGGCAGCAGCACACGGAUUAGGCUCGAGUAAAUAUGAACUGACCAUCACAAUUCCCACCAAAAAUCCAACAGGCGUGAAAGAAAAUUUGGAGAAUAAUGUCAUUUAUGAAAAUAUCCGUGAAUAUUCUAAAGUAUUGCUAAAACAUUUGGACAUUGUGAAUGGGUGGUUGAACGAUUUGGAGAAGUUGAAUGUAAAUAGCAAACGGCUUACUGAACAAGCGUACAACCUUAAAAAGAGGUUGGAAACUGUUAUAACGCGGUGUGAAGAACUUGGCAUUAGAGUGACAGUUGAAGAAAGAAAGGACAGUGGAGAUGAUGAUUCGGAUUUUGAGGAGGUAGAGAUAGCAAAAGUUAUAAUUAAUGAUGGAUCUACUAUUACAACAAUAUCCACCGAGACAUCUACAUCAUCAACCACAUCUUCGUCUCUUUCUGAAGAGACUUUGCUACGGCCAAAUCAACCUGACAUCACACCUUGUCGUGCCCGUCUAAAGAAUGGACAGUUGUGUCCACGGCGAGAUCUUUAUCGGUGUCCAUUUCAUGGAACAAAAGUACCUAGGAAUAAUUUUGGAGAUCCUAUUAUUAUAACAACCCCAAUACUGACAAAAUCUAAAAUUUGGGAGGAUCUUAACGAUGAAUAUGAGGAAUUUGAAGAGAUUAAUGUGGACGAAGAUAGUAUCGAUUUAGGAAAAGUAGACGCGGAUCAAGAUUAA